AUGGAUAAUCUGGAAGAGGUCAGGCAAAUACUUCGUAACUGGGCUCCUACGUUUCCUGAAAAUGAUGAUGAAGUCCCUGCGGAGUUGUUUGAUAGACAUCCCUUAUCUGCAAUGAUGAUAAGUGCUGACAGUGAAUGUGGGAGAAAAGACAAUCUUGUACUUAUUUUAAAUUCCUGGAAGCCAGAAUGGCAACGAGAAGGGGUUCAGGUUCCUGUCAAAAAUGCAAAUGAUCAACCCAGACCUGUCUUUAAAAAACUAAAUCUAAAUUGUCCUAAAAGGCAUGCUAAUCGUCUAGUUAUGCCUGAGAAACUACGGGUUGAGUGUGUGGAUGAAAACUACGACGAAGCUAUACAUUGCUUGGUUGACAAGAAAAUCAAAAAAGCUUCGUAUUACCACGUAGAUGACUUGGAUUAUGCAUGGAUCGCUACAGUGAACGAAGAGAGAGAAUGCCUUGGACAAGUACUUAUCGAAGACUGGAUGCUGGAAAAGAUCAUUACCACUUUGGAAUACCUGACGUACAUUAAGAUGCGUGAAAAAAUAAAGGAAAUCGAUGUACAGUGUUUGGAAUUUGAUGAGAAUGCCAGAUGUGAUAUUUGUCUAUCGUUUGAGGGUGAAGAUGGUAACGAACUGGUCUUUUGCGAUGGUUGUUUUCUGUGUGUUCAUCAAGCCUGUUAUGGCAUCCUUCAGAUACCUGAAGGGUCAUGGAUGUGUAGACAGUGCGAAGCAGGUGUCAAGUCAACUACUCCUUGCUUCUUAUGCCCUAACACUGGUGGGGCUAUGAAAUUAUCUGAUGACGGGAAACGCUGGUGUCAUGUUAGUUGCGCCUUAUGGGUUCCGGAAGUUGGUUUUGGCAACGUAGAACUGAUGGAACCUAUCAUAAAGCUGGACAGUAUACCACAAGCAAGGCGUAAUUUGCUGUGUUCCAUAUGUCGUUCGCGCUAUGGUGCUCCUGUGCAGUGCUCUAAUUUGAAGUGUAAAACAGCUUUUCACGUCACGUGCGCCUUUCAGAGCAACCUGAUCAUGCGUCAAGAGCUUGUCGAUAAGGAUGUACGCCUGGUGGGAUUGUGUUGGAAGCAUUCCCGGAAAGAACAGCAAUCUACAAUUCAUCAUUCUUCAGGUAGUUGCGAAUCAAGUUCUCUUCGUGUAACCAAUUCCCCUGCUAAGCCCUACGAUGCAAAUCAAAUCGUUGGCAGCGCUGCACAACCAGUUACUUUGACGCGUAAACAGAGGUUGAUUGAGCUGGAGAACGAUUUUUAUAAGUUGGUAGAUGAGUCGCAACUAAAUAUGUGGUUGGAUAAUAGCUCUAUAAAGACUCAGCUAGAAAAUUCAGCUAUCCUUGAUGAAAAUGAACGUAGAAAUGUUCCCAAUGACAUCCGUGCAGCUAUUGUUGUCUAUUGGCGUUUAAAGAGGCGUACAAACUUCAAUCAACCAUUAGUCAAUCCUGUUCCGUUGUCAUGGAGAGAAAGCGCAGAUGAAGUAGCUGCCACAACCAAAGAAGAAUUAGCUCGAUUAGAACGUGCCAAUGCUGAUAUGAAAGCUUCCGAAUCAUUCAAGCGUGUGAGAUUUGGUCUCGAUAGGGCUAGGUUAAUGGCAGAUAUGGUUUUGCAAAGGGAACGACGGAAACUGGCCUUAUUCAAGCGAAUGUGGCGUAUAUCUGAGAUUCAAUUGUCUGCCCUUGAGAUAUACAGCAAUUUAGUGUCUAGCGAAUGGCUCCGAAAUGCUCAUAUUGGUGAAUCUGUUUAUGACAACUGGGAGUUAUUUUUAGCCCAAAGUAAUCCUUGCAUUCAACGCACGGUUGACAACAAACAUCGUUCACCUAUUAAGGAAACAAAGAAAGUAACAAAAUCAUCACCAGUGCGUUCUGUUUGUAAGAGUAAGGUCGAUUACUCGGAGGCCACUCAGUGUAAAUUAGCACCCCAAGCGUGCGAAUCUGUUGAAUCAUUCAACAUUCCUCAAGAGUGUUUGAUUGUUCCCGAUACGAUCAAGCAACGACUACGCUCAGCACUAACAGUAGUCGCAAAUAAUUAUAACAUGUGGAUAACAUCAGACAAAUAUUUUGAUGAUGUCAAUUAUACGCGUAAAGCAAAGGAUCGUGUUACGAAGCUGGAAAAUUCUAUUUCACUUAGUCACACAAAAUAUCCUUCAAAACUUCGCUGUUCUCCAGCGUUAACAUCAGCAAUCAAAAUAAAUAAGCCAAUGGAGAGUGAAUUACCUAUUGUUCAGGUGAAGUUAUCACCAAUACCAGAUGGAGCAACAUUUAAAUAUUGUGGUAAAACUGUAAAUAAUCCAAAUGAAUGCACACCUAUUAAGAGGCGAAAGCAGUCAAGCAGUUACAAUCCUUCCCCACUGGGAAAGUCACCAACAAAUGAUCCCAUCCCUGUACUUACUAAGUUGGCAAUGAUUACCUUAUCACCAGGUGCUGCUAAGUUGCUGUAA